AUGAAUGACUUCGAAGAUAGCUGGAUGACCAUUCCCGGUGCGUUCGAGCACAACUGCAAUGCCGAAGGCGACCCACCGGUUCCCAUCAAUGUCGAGGACAAGCUUCAAUGGUCACUCAUAGACCUGGAGCGCACGGGAGGGUUUACAGGAAAGAUUGCAAAGAUGCUUUUGUCCGCUGGAGACUGGAUCGACAAGGAAAUCGAGGAGCGGCGGAAUACCAUUGGAGGGAUAGACAACCUAUGGUUUCUUCUUACCGACGCGGCAGACUUUAAUCCGGUCUGCGCUUGUACCUAUACACUGAAGGGAAAACUAUCUCUGGAGAAGCUCUAUAGCUCAGCCAAUCGUCAAGCGAAGAGAUUCCCGAAGUUCAGACAGAGAAUCACUUCCGUUGGCCGCAGAUUGCAUGGUGCCCGAUUUGCGGAUGACCCCGAGUUCUCUUUGAAGAACCACAUACGCGCCGUUUCCCUACCAGAGCCCGCAGGGCGUGUGGAGCUCAACGAACUGAUGGGUGAGUUCAUAGCUCAAGACUGGGAUCUCUCUCGUCCGCUCUGGGAGAUGAUCCUCGUCGAGAACUACCACGAUGAAGACGGCGCACAAUGCGCCGUAAUUACAAGAGGGCAUCAUGCACUUGCCGACGGCCAAGGCUUUGUUAUAAGCCAACUCUACAUUACAUCUUAUCAUGACGACCUCGUGCACAUGAUGAACUCUUCAGCAAACAACCUGCGGGCAGCUCGACGCGGACAAUUGCCUCCGUCGAAGAUCCACCCCCUACUCCGAUUCUUAGAUCCUCUCGCCGACAACUCGCUUAUCGGUCCGUUACUGCAAUUGUUGCUGGCCCUGGUAUUCUGGUUCGCCUACAUCACUUCCACGUGCGUUUCACUUUUCUGGAGCGUAUACCAGGGUGUCAAUCAAGCUACCCUCUUUCUGCUGACCUGCUGGCGCAUUGACAUGCUCACAGGCCCGCAACCUGGUCCACGCGUGAAGGCUCGCGAGUUUGCGAGUUCGCGCGUCUUUAGCAUCAGCGAGGUGAAGCUGUGUCAGCAGGCGUUCUCGGGUCCGCGCCCAGGGAGCGCAGUGGCGGGCGUGCCCAGGGAUAAGCGCGACAAGGCGCGGAGCAAGGCGGGGCACAUUACGCUGAAUGAUGUUGUGUGUGCAGUCAUGGCUGAUGUGCUGGGGCGAGAAAUCGAGGCUAAGUCCGUGGGCCAGUCUCGCGGACCACGGGAGACGGUGAGAAAGUGGUUGAAAAAGUACUUGCCCUCACCUAUUGGGUUUUUCAUACCGAUCAGCCUCCGUCAGCCGGGCGACUGGUCCAUGCGGAACCUCUCGACUGGUUCGCUGGUGUACUUGAACCCGUCAUUGGAGCUGACGAGAGAUGCGCCUGUCCAUGAAUUGCAUGCGCACAUACAUCGCUGUCGUGCGGAAUUGUCGCUGCUCAAGCACAGUCUCUGGCCCAAGCUGCUAUUCUAUAUCAUACAGAUGACUGGCCAGGCGCCAGUCUUUCUCCGGCUUUCGCUCCUAGCCAAUCCGGCACAGCGGAUGAAAACUUGGAUCACUCAAUGGAUUACGAAGCCGCUGUACGAGCUUGCCCUGCAGUCAUUCUCUGUCGUCCUCACAAAGCUAGUGGCUAUUUCGCGGAUUAUUCAUGUGCCAGGUCCAGCGAAGAAUCCGAUCACGUUGGAGGGUGUCGAGGUCCUCAAGUGGACCGCGCUCCCUCCUCAAGCGGGAAAAGGCACGAUCGGGAUGGGUAUCAUCUCUUAUGCUGGCGGUAUAUCCAUCGCAGUUGCAGCGGACGCAGUGCCGGCAUCGCAAGGCAUCGCGCGGAGAAUAUGCGACGGGUUUGAAGAACGUUUUCAGCUAUAUGUACAAAGAGCGAGAGAGAUUUUGGACCACAUCGAUUAA